UCUAUGUUUGCAGUCAUGGCAGGUGCGGCACCAGAGGGUUCACAGUUCGAUGCACGUCAGUUUGACCAGAAGUUGAAUGAUGUGAUCCGUCGCCGUCGCUCCUCUCCAUCGAAACGGGGUUUUUCAAUUAUGGCCGACGAAUCGGAUCUGAAUGACUACCUCGACGAAGAAGAAGUGCCAAUAUCAAAGCUAGAGAAGAAGAAGAAGAAAAAGAAGAACAAGCAGCAAACAACAAACGAGAAAGAGAAACCCAACGAAGAGAAAGAAGAGACAAUGAACAUCAGGGUCAAGCAAAUCUCGGAGAAACCCGACAGAAUCGCUCCAAUCGUCGCCUAUUUCGCUUCUGGGUAUGACCCAUCUGAUAAAACCGAUGGCGAUGGCGAUGGCGAUGGGGACGGACACUGUCCGGAUGUCGAGGUUUAUAGACAUAAGGCCGGGACGAAGAGCAAGAGGCUUCAGGUCGUGGUGAGCCCACCUGGCUCGAGCGUGAAGUUCGUCGGCUCGAAUUAUACCGGCGAGGGAGCCACCGGACAGACAUGUGUGUAUACACUUGGUGUUCUCGACAAGGAGAAGCAGACACUGAAAAUUCUCCCAAUUGCUUCCAACAAGAUUUUCAUAUUGGAGCCAAGAGUUAAAAAUGCGGAAUCUGUUGAUUCAGAAGCUUCAUUAGGUGGAGUUGGCACUGAAUUAACUGCGGCAGAGCGAGCCGUCAAAGCCAGAAAACUUAAAAAAUAG